UCUCUCUCUCACCUAGUACGCAGGUAGAUAGGCAAGAUCUCUGGUCAGACGCCCGCCCGCGUGUUUGCUGCGACUUCACGAAGGCAUGAUCUGAGAUUCACGAAGGCGUGAUGGUCCGCGGAAAGGCCGUGAUCGAGAAGAUCGAAAACCAGACAAGCCGACAGGUGACCUUCUCCAAGAGGAAGAGCGGAUUGUUCAAGAAGGGCAAGGAACUGGGCGUUCUCUGUGAUGCCCAGGUAGGGAUCUUCAUCUUCUCCAACACCGGACGCCUCUAUGAGUACUCCAAUUCCGGAAUGAAACCCUUAAUUGAAAGAUACCAGGCUGUUAAAGAUGGUCAAAAACUCCUGAGUGCAAGUGCUGAAGCUAAGUUUUGGCAAGCGGAAACUGCUCGCCUGGAGCAGCAACUACGUACCUUGCAAGAGAAUCAUCGGCAGUUGCUAGGACAACAUCUAUCUGGUUUAUCUUUUGAAGACUUGAAGCAUUUACAAAAUCAUCUAGAAACGAGCUUGUAUAACAUUCGACUAACUAAGGACAAAUUUAUUGGCGAUGAAAUGCAAGAGUUAAACAUGAAUGAAAGCCUCAUGCGUCAGGAAAAUAUAGAGCUACAUAGGAAAUUAAACAUCGUUCAUCAAGAGAAUACGGAAUUACAAAACAAGUUAAAUGAUCAAGGAGCAGUGAACAUGGGAAUCACAAGUCCUUUUACCAAGUGCAACAUUACUGCUCCAACGGACAAAAAUUCAGUUCGCCUGGAUUCAUGCCACGCAGAUUGGGAUGAUGAACCAGAAUCGUCCACCUUCUGGUGA